AUGCGAGGGGGAGGGGAGAAAGGAAAAGGGAAAGGCGGGCCAAAAGAAAGAAGAAAGGAGAGAAGAGCUGCGACAGGGGAGAAGAGAAGAGUGAAAGGAGAUGCGUCGGCGCGGCUUGGGCCUGCUGCAACCGUCACGUCGUCAUCGGGACUUGGAGGGAGACCAGGCCGCAAAGCCGUCGCUGCUGAUUCGCCCACGAGCUACCGUCGGGGAAGCGCUGGUGGUUCUGCUUUGGCUUCUCCGUCUGCUCCUUCUUCUGCAUCUGCUUUCGAUUCUGCCUCUGCAUCUACAGCUGAUUCUUCUGCAUUUGCUUCUUCUUCUGCAUCUGCUUCUGAUUCUGCUUCUGCAUCUGUAUCUGCUUCUUCUUCUUCUUUCGCUUUUGCUUUUUCUUUGUUUCUAUCUUGCUUCUGA